AUGAUUAGCUUUGAAAAAGGCUAUAAGAAAAAUCGCCCUCGUCAGGGCGAAUCACAAUGUCUUCAGACCCUCCAGUGGAAUGCUGGAGAAAUGUCUCCGGACAAAAAGAUCCAAAUACAGAAAAUCCUGCAAACCUAUGAUGUAGAUAUAUUCACAAUUAUGGAAGCUAACAUUUCGGAUGACAAACUGAAGUAUUACCAAUUCCCAGGUUACACCCUGUACAAUCUACCUAAAUACCGGCAAGUUGCAAGUGGAAUUCUAACUGGAGUAAAAGAUGGCCUAACCUCACACUACGACCUAAUCAAGAGUAUGGGCUCGACACAAGACAAAUGUGAAAUAAUCAGAUUAAAUGUUUGGAAAUGUCAAAACCAAUUCAAGAUAUAUGCAGUCUAUAAUCCUCCCCAGAAUUGUCCAAACUUUGACUUUCUGAACAUCUCACACAAAACCAUAGUAUUAGGAGACUUCAACGCCCACUCCACCAGAUGGGGCUACAAGAAUACAAACAUAGCUGGAAAGGAAAUUGAAGACAUGCUAAACAGCAACACUCUGGAACUUAUUUAUAGCAAUGAGGAUCCGGCUACAUAUUUGCACUACAAUGGAUCCAGAACAACUCCUGAUUUACUCUUGGCUUCAAGCGACAUCAGUGGGCACACACACCGCAAAAUAAUUGACGAUCCUGUAUCUCUGGGUUUCCGUCGUUGUCUUUAUAGCUGGAUACCGAAUCAGGUUACAUUGGGGGCAUGUGGGUUGAGUGUAUACUCCCAAUCUGUGAAGGUGUUUUGCCAAGCAAUCGUUUCCGUUCCUCAAGUUGUUCAAGGGCGUCCCGCUUUCUUUUCAGUUUCUCAAGGUGUUCACAGGGCGUCCCGAUUUCUUUUCAGUUCCUCAAGGUGUCUAGAACGUCCCGCUUUCUUUUCCGUUCCUCAAGGUGUUUAG